GGCCGCGCCGCCAGCUGAACCCCGCGCGCCCGGCCCAGCGCCCCGGCUCUGCGCAAGAAGCCCCCCGGCGCCCACACCAUGAAGGAGGAGGCCUUUCUGCGAAGACGCUUCUCACUGUGCCCGCCUUCGGCUGCCCCGCAGAAGGCCGACCCCCAGAGGCUCACCCGGAACCUGCUCCUCGGGGGGGAGAAUGAGCUCUGCCCUCUCAGCCCAGGGAAGGACAUGGAGCCCAAUGGCUCGUCGCUGCCGAGGGAUGAAGGGCCCCCGACCCCUGGCUCUGCCACGAACUUGCCACCGGCAGAGUACAGGCUGUGCAAUGGGUCUGACAAGGAAUGUGUGUCCCCAACGGCCAAGGUUACCAAGAAGGAAACUCUCAAGGUGCAGAAGGAGAACUACCGGCAGGAGAAGAAACGGGCCACGAAACAGCUGCUCAGCGCCCUGACGGACCCCCGCGUGGUCAUCAUGGCCGACAGCCUGAAGAUCCGAGGGACCCUGAAGAGCUGGGCCAAGCUGUGGUGCGUGCUGAAGCCUGGGGUGCUGCUCAUCUACAAGACGCCCAAGGCGGGCCAGUGGGUGGGCACGGUCCUCCUGCACUGCUGCCAGCUCAUCGAGCGGCCGUCCAAGAAGGACGGCUUCUGCUUCAAGCUCUUCCACCCGCUGGACCAGUCCAUCUGGGCCGUGAAGGGCCCCAAAGGCGAGAGUGUGGGCUCCAUCACGCAGCCCCUCCCCAGCAGCUACCUGAUCUUCAGAGCGGCUUCGGAGUCCGACGGCCGCUGCUGGCUGGACGCCCUGGAGCUGGCCCUACGCUGCUCCAGCCUCCUGCGGCUCAGCGCGUGCAAGCAGGGCUGCGACCAGGAGCCCGGGUCCUCGCCCGACGGGUCGCCCUCCUCGCUCUGUGGGCUGCCCCCCUCGGCUACCAUCCACGACCAGGACCUGUUCCCGCUGAACGGGCCCACGCCGGAGCACGAUGCUUUCUCCGACAAGGAGCGAGAGGUCGGGGAGGAGUCAGACGAGACCCAGGACCUCAGCCAGAAGACCCACGAGAGCGGGAGUGACCUGUCCGAGGCCCCUGGGGCUCCGGCCCCUCGAGGGACCACGUACGUGGAGCAAGUCCAUGAGGAGCUGGGGGAGCUGGGCGAGGCGUCCCAGGUGGAGACCGUGUCCGAGGAGAACAAGGGCCUGAUAUGGGUGCUGCUGAGGCAGCUGCGGCCGGGCAUGGACCUGUCCCGGGUGGUCCUGCCCACGUUCGUGCUGGAACCUCGGUCCUUCCUCAGCAGGCUCUCCGACCACUACUGCCACGCCGACCUGCUCUCCCGGGCCGCACUGGAGGAAGACGCCUACGGCCGCAUGAAGCUCGUGCUGAGGUGGUACCUGUCUGGCUUCUACAAGAAGCCCAAGGGCAUCAAGAAGCCCUACAACCCUAUCCUGGGGGAGACCUUCCGCUGCAGCUGGUACCACCCCCAGACCAACAGCUUCACCUUCUACAUCGCGGAGCAGGUGUCCCACCACCCACCAGUAUCCGCCUUCCACGUCAGCAACCGGAAGGACGGCUUCUGCAUUAGCGGCAGCAUCACAGCCAAGUCCCGGUUCUAUGGCAACUCACUGUCAGCUCUGCUGGAGGGCAAGGCCACACUCACCUUCCUGGACCGGGCGGAGGACUACACCCUCACCAUGCCCUACGCCCACUGCAAAGGAAUCCUGUACGGCACCAUGACCAUGGAGCUGGGCGGCGGAGUGACCAUCGCGUGCGAGAAGAGCAGUCUCCGGGCCGAGCUGGAAUUCAAGCUCAAGCCUUUCUUCGGGGGCAGCGCGAGCAUCAACCAGAUCUCGGGGAGGAUCACGUCGGGAGAGGAGGUGUUGGCACAUCUUUCUGGACACUGGGACAGGGAAGUGUUUAUCAAGGAGGAGGGGCGAGGAAGCUCCGAGCUCCUCUGGAACCCCAGCAGGGAGGUUCGCGGGCAGAGGCUGAAGCGGCGCACGGUGCUCUUGGAGGAACAGACGGAGCUGGAGUCGGAGAGGCUCUGGCAGCACGUCACCAGGGCCAUCAGGGAGGGUGACCAGCACAAGGCCACACAGGAGAAGUUUUUCCUGGAGGAGGCGCAGCGGCGGCGGACCCGUGAGCACCAGCAGAGCCCAGCACCGUGGACGCCCCAGCUGUUCCACCUGGACCCCGCCACCCAGGAGUGGCGCUACCGAUUCGAGAACCACAGCCCUUGGGACCCCCUGAAGGACAUCGCCCAGUUUGAGCAGGACGGGGUUCUGCGCACCCUGCAGCGGGAGAGCUUAACCCAUCAGGUCCGCUUGGUGGGCAGCCCAGGGCCCCGGCACCAGGCGCCUGGCGCAGACCGGCGGCUUCGCAAGGCCAGCGACCAGCCCUCCGGCCACAGCCAGGCCACGGAGAGCAGCGGCUCCACGCCCGAGUCCUGCCCGGAGCUCUCGGAUGAGGACGGAGAUUUGGUCCCCGGCAGCGAGAGCCCGUGCCCGCGGUGCGGGAAGGAGGCUGGGCGGCUGCAGGCGCUGCAGGAGGCCAUCCUGUCCCUCCGGGAGGCCCAGCAGGAGCUCCACAGGCACCUCUUGGCCAUGCUCAGCUCCACCGCGAGGGCCAGGCAGGCGGGGGCCCCCGGCCUCCUGCAGAGCCCCCGCUCCUGGUGCCUGCUCUGCGUGCUCCUGGUCUGCCAGCUGCUCAUGAACCACAUCCUCACCUAAGAGUCCUUCGUGGUGGCGUGGCCAUCGCCUGCAGAGCUCGGCCAGCUCCGCCCUCCUCCCCAGCACCCAGCACUUUAAACCAGCCCCGGGAAGCGGAGAGAUGCCGUGAGCUCGGCCACUGUGGACAGAGGGUCCCCAGCAGCAAGAGGACAGCGGAGGGGACCUGGGGGCCGCCCGGCUCCUCUUGGGGGGGCACUGUCCUCUCAGCAGGGCCCUCACCCUGCGCUGGCCUUAAUGCUCAAGCCCAGUGCCCCUGUUGUGUGUGGCACAGUCCCUGGUCAUCUGGCCUCUCACUCCAAGCCCAGCUUCCACGUGGGAUGGACACAGGUCGGGGGCAGGAGGGCCUGCCAGGAUUGGACCACCAAGCCCGGGACUGUCCUGACCCGCCUCCUGGGAUUUUACUCUGCCCUCGUGCUGUUUGGACCGGAGCCAGGUUAGAAGGGAAGCCGCCCUGCAGGCCCCGCAGGCUGGGAGGGAAUGGGCGGUCUCUAUUGCAGGUGCCUCUGCAAAGCGGCCCAGUACUCGCAGACUUGCCACUGGACUCAGACCGACGUGUGGUCUCCCCACUUUUUAAAUAAACGUUAACUGCAAUAUUUUAGGCAGACGGCGAGCAGCGUCUGGCCUCCGUUCCUGUGUCCAGUGCCACGUGUGUGUGCGCGCACGCGUGUAAGCACCUGCACACGUAGGUACACACGGAGCCUUAAACUUGGUGGCCAUGCCCUCUGAGCUGAUUGCCACAUUUUCCAGAUUUUGUAUCCAUGGUCUUGUCGUCCCUUCCCCCGCCACU